CCAACUCCAGUCGCUCACUCCACUCCUCCCGCUGGCCUCGGUCGUGUCUUCAGUCCUCUGGGAUUACCUCUUCGUUCGCUCGUUGUUCACGAUUUGCAGUUCCUACGAUGAAGAUGGACGAGACUCUCCGUAAUUUGGUCCUGGUCCACGAGAUCGGACGAAAGAACAAAUUCAGCGUGGCUGUUCUCCUGGCCUCUACAGCAGCCGUGACGGUCGCCGUCAGUAACAAACCCCCUUACUUAAGCGCGUCGAACACCGGGGAAGCAAAGGGGACAGCUGGCAAAGAAUUCCCGUACAAGGCGUCUACUGAUGCGAGAGCGACGUCGUCCUCAUCACCUUCUCCACAGUGAAUACGAACAGAUGGCCGCCCCUGGAGAUUGCCUGCUUCGCCAGCGCAUUCCCCAUCGCCUGCAGCAACGACGUCAAGUGCCCAGCCUCCAGGAAAUGUUGUUUCGACCCGUGCAAACAGCGCCAUGUCUGCCAUCUUCCUUCACCUUUGUAAUGUCAUCUUCACCAUCAUGUCUUCGCGUUCCCGUGUUUCAUCCAGCACUGUCAACAUCAUGUCUAUAGGUUGUCAUUAUUCUAUUCAUCUCCCGUUGACACACCAUGCUCUCUCCUCUUCGCAUUUCUAUUUGUUAUAAUGCGAUUUUCCUCCACACGAGAGCGUGUUGGUUGUGACAAAGUGUAUAAAGAAUUGUUUUUUUGUGUGUGAAGUAAGUCAGGUACGUUGUGUUUUGAAGCAAGUGAAACAUCAUUUAGUGCCUCAUAUCCCAAAUUAUUUAGUUUGUAUCGAAAUAAAUAUUUAUUCAACAGU